AUGCAACGUGGCCCAACAGGGCACUCCAACGUUUCUGCUACCUUGUGGUGCUCGAUCAUCCGCGCCAGCGUGGGCCGCACAAAAGGUCGUGGAGGUCACAGCGCCCUGAGCGCCAACUCGGACUCGAAGUUGGCUCGGUCAGUCUGUUGGUACGCUGUGUGCGUUCUCGGGCCUUUGUGUCGACUGAGCAGUACCAACUUUAGGCGAGGAGAUGCUCUCAAUACGGAGAGGAAGACGGAGAUGGAGCCUGACGAGCACCCACGCGUGGCCCGACGGGCCGUGACGGGACCUGGGGCUCGCCCUGGACGUGAAAGCUCCAGUCAGAUGAAGUGGAUCAACGCAAAUAGCGGAACGCUUUCGCCUGAACGCCUCGAACUCGCCCAGCCAGCCCCGGGUAGAAGGAACGAGGUCUGA